AUGUGUUUCUUCACUCAUGCCGUAGUUCUUGGAGUUGGAUACUGGAUUGGAAAACAAUAUAGCGAAGGAUUUACUGUUCGUCAACUUCCGAUAGAUUCAGCUAAUCCGAAUACUCAAGAAUUCGUCAUCCACGUGGAGAAGAAAGAUGCUGGAAACUGUGGAUUCUGGCAGAAAUCAAGAUGUUGUCAAGAGCAUCCGACGGUUUCGGCAGCCGUAGAUCAAGGAUUUGAAAAGAAAGAUAAUUAA